AUGCGCUACUCUGUGGCUGACCUCACGGAGUCGCGUAUUGCGGCUGUGUACACAGCUGCGGAGUCGCGUAUUGCGGCUGUGUACACAGCUGCGGAGUCGCGUAUUGCGGCUGUGUACACAGCUGCGGAGUCGCGUAUCGCGGCUGUGUACACAGCUGCGGAGUCGCGUAUCGCGGCUGUGUACACAGCUGCGGAGUCGCGUAUCGCGGCUGUGUACACAGCUGCGGAGUCGCGUAUCGCGGCUGUGUACACAGCUGCGGAGUCGCGUAUCGCGGCUGUGUACACAGCUGCGGAGUCGCGUAUCGCGGCUGUGUACACAGCUGCGGAGUCGCGUAUCGCGGCUGCUGCUGUCUCUGAGGAAGCAGCCGACACUCAGAUCUACAAAGUCCAUCUACAUAAUGGGGUUCACCUGUGA